GCUCUUUUGUUUCCCCCGCCCGGCCGGAUCCGCGACGCCGCUGUUUGGCCCGAGCCGGGGCCCGAGCCCGAGCCGGGUGGCGGCCGCAGUCGCCGUCGGAGUGGGUUCCGAGUGCCAGCGUCGCGAGGGCGCCGCGCCGGAGGCCGAGGGAGCGCGCCGCCAGGCCCGCGGGCCCUUGGGGCUGGGACCCGGCCCUGGCCUGCCCGAUGGGGAGCGCGGCCCCGGCGAGGCGCCCGGCCCCGCGCCCCUGGCCCCGCGCGCCCGGCCGGCCCGAGCCCCGCGCCUCCGCCUAAGCCCCGCUCGCCCCGGCCCGCCGCCUCGGCCCGCGCGCACCAUGGAGCCCGGCCGCGGCGGCAUCGAGACAGUGGGCCGGUUCGAGUUCUCCCGCAAGGACCUGAUCGGGCACGGUGCCUUCGCGGUGGUCUUCAAGGGCCGCCACCGCGAGAAGCACGACCUGGAGGUCGCGGUCAAAUGCAUUAACAAGAAGAAUCUCGCGAAGUCCCAGACUCUGCUGGGGAAGGAAAUCAAAAUCCUCAAGGAAUUAAAGCAUGAAAACAUCGUGGCACUGUACGACUUCCAGGAAAUGGCCAAUUCAGUCUACCUGGUCAUGGAGUACUGUAACGGCGGGGACCUGGCUGAUUACCUGCACACCAUGCGCACCUUGAGUGAAGACACCAUCAGGCUCUUCCUGCAGCAGAUCGCGGGUGCCAUGAGGCUGCUGCACAGCAAGGGCAUCAUCCACCGGGACUUGAAGCCUCAGAACAUCCUGCUGUCCAAUCCUGGUGGACGCCGUGCCAAUCCCAACAACAUCCGUGUCAAGAUUGCUGACUUCGGGUUUGCCCGGUACCUCCAGAGCAACAUGAUGGCAGCCACACUUUGUGGGUCUCCAAUGUACAUGGCCCCAGAAGUCAUCAUGUCCCAGCACUAUGACGGGAAGGCUGAUCUUUGGAGCAUUGGCACUAUUAUUUAUCAGUGUCUGACAGGGAAGGCCCCUUUCCAGGCCAGCAGCCCUCAGGACCUGCGCCUGUUCUACGAAAAGAACAAGACACUGACCCCUGCCAUCCCCCGGGAAACCUCAGCACCCUUGCGGCAGCUGCUCCUGUCUCUGCUACAGCGCAGCCACAAAGACCGCAUGGAUUUUGAUGAGUUCUUCCACCACCCCUUCUUGGAUGCCAGCACCUCCAUCAAGAAGUCCCCACCCGUGCCCGUGCCCUCCUACCCCAGUUCAGGAUCUGGCAGCAGUUCCAGCAGCAGCUCCACAUCCCACCUGGCCUCCCCGCCGUCCCUGGGGGAAAUGGCACAGCUACAGAAAACUCUAACGUCCCCAGCCGAUGCCACUGGCUUCCUGCAGGGCUCUCGAGACUCAGGUGGCAGCAGCAAAGAUUCGUGUGACACGGAUGACUUUGUCAUGGUCCCGGCCCAGUUUCCAGGUGACCUGGUGGCCGAGGUGGCCAGUGCAAAGCCCCCGCCGGACAGUCUGCUGUGCAGUGGGAGUUCGCUGGUGGCCUCUACUGGCCUGGAGAGCCAUGGCCGGACUCCAUCUCCCUCCCCGACCUGCAGCACCUCCCCCAGCCCCUCAGGCCGGGCUGGGCCCUUCUCCAGCGGCAGGUGUGGCAGCUCAGUCCCCAUCCCAGUCCCCACACAGGUGCACAACUAUCAGCGCAUCGAGCAGAACCUGCAGUCACCCACCCAGCUCCAGGCGCCCCGGUCCUCGGCCAUCCGCAGGUCUGGUAGCACCAGCCCCUUGGGCUUUGCCCGGGCCAGCCCAUCUCCCCCAUCUCAUGCCGAUGGAGCCAUCCUGGCCAGGAAGCUGUCCCUGGGUGGGGGCCGGCCCUACACACCAUCUCCCCAAGUGGGGACCAUCCCUGAGCGGCCUGGCUGGAGCAGGGUGCCUUCACCACAAGCAGCUGAGAUGCGGGCAGUCAAGACCCCUCGUGCAGGUUCUUCUGUGCCCGAGCACUCCUCUCGCACUGCUGGCCUGGGUUGCCGCCUGCACAGCGCCCCUAACCUGUCUGACCUGCACAUUGUGCGCCCCAAGCUGCCCAAGCCCCCAACAGACCCUCUGGGAGCUACGUUCAGCGCCCCACAGAGCAGUGCCCCCCAGCCGUGUCCAGUGCUGCCAUCCUGCAGGCCCCUACGAGGCUCACCCAAGCUGCCUGACUUUCUACAGCGGAGCCCCCUGCCUCCUAUCCUGGGCUCCCCGACCAAGGCUGGGCCCUCCUUUGACUUUCCCAAGGCCCCCAGCUCCCAGAACCUGCUGACCCUGUUGGCACGGCAAGGUGUAGUGAUGGCGCCCCCUCGGAACCGCACGCUGCCAGACCUCUCAGAGGCAGGGCCCUUCCAGGGUCAGCCUCUGGGCUCUGGCCUGAGGCCCACUGAAGAAACCCGGGGCCCCUUUGCCCGGUCCUUCAGCAGCAGCCGCCUCACUGACCUGCUCCUUAAGGCUGCCUUUGGGGCUCAGGCCUCAGACUCAGGCAGCACAGACAGCCUUCAAGAGAAGCCCAUGGAGAUCGCACCCUCUGCUGGCUUCGGAGGGAACCUGCACCCAGGAGCCCGUGCUGGGGGAGCGAGCAGCCCGGCCCCAGUCGUUUUCACCGUGGGCUCUCCCCCCAGUGGGACCACGCCACCUCAAGGCCCCCGCACCAGAAUGUUCUCAGUGGGCUCUUCAGGCUCUCUGGGCUCUGCAGGCUCCUCCUCUGCCCGUCACCUGGUUCCUGGGCCCUGCAGUGAGGUUGUUCCUGAGCUCCCUGCUCCAGGUCACUUAUACAACUUUGCAGACAAUCUAGAGGGGGGUGUGACGUUUGAGGCCCCUGACCUUCCUGAGGAGACCCUCAUGGAGCAAGAGCACACGGAGAUUCUGCACAGCCUGCGCUUCACACUCGUGUUUGUCCAACAAGUCCUGGAGAUUGCAGCCUUGAAGGGCAGUGCCAGCGAGGCAGCUGGGGGCCCUGAGUACCAGCUUCAGGAGAGCAUGGUGGCCGACCAGAUCAGCCUGCUGAGCCGCGAGUGGGGCUUCGCAGAGCAACUAGUGCUAUACCUGAAGGCGGCGGAGCUUCUGUCCUCUGGCCUGCAGACCGCCAUUGACCAGAUCCGGGCUGGCAAGCUCUGCCUGUCAUCCACAGUGAAGCAGGUGGUACGCAGGCUCAAUGAGCUAUACAAGGCCAGCGUGGAGUCCUGCCAGGGCCUGAGCCUGCGGCUGCAGCGCUUCCUCCUAGACAAGCAGCGGCUGCUGGACGGCGUUCACAGUGUCACUGCUGAGAGACUCAUCCUCAGCCACGCCGUGCAGAUGGUGCAGUCUGCCGCCCUGGACGAGCUGUUCCAGCACCGUGAGGGCUGUGUGCCACGCUACCACAAGGCUCUGCUGCUGCUGGAGGGACUGCAGCACAUGCUCACGGACCAGGCCGAUAUAGACAACAUCGCCAAGUGCAAGCUAUGCAUUGAGCGGAGACUCUCAGCUCUCCUGACUGGCGUCUGCGCCUGACCCGCGACUGUCUGGCCUACAGUGUCCUUGGAGCUGGGCCUUCUCUGCAGACAUAUGGGAUGUGUGCCCGACUAUCCGGACGGCUCGGCUGCCUCAGUGCAGAUACGAUGGUGCUGAGCCUGCUGCCUGCCAGCUUCUGUGAGGAUGCUGGGUGGAGCCACAGCACCCGAGCCUGCUGCCCUGGCACAGCUCCCGCUCCCUCGGCUGCCCAUCUCUGCUGGCAGUGGCCUGCAGGACAGACACCUGGGAUGGGCCUUUGCUCCACCAGACAGGAAUUCCUGAACUUGUCCUUCCUGGCCGUCUUCUCCCCAGCAGGCAGUCAUGGUGCCAACAGGUGGCAGGCAGGUAUACUUGGGCAGCCCAAGGAUAGGCAAGGCCCCAAGACUGCGUUGCUGACUCCAAGCCAAAGCGAGCUUUUCCUCAUGGCUCACUUGCUCCCAUUGCUCACCCAGGAAAAGGGGUGUAGCCUUUUGGCCUCCCCAUCUCUCUAGGAACCUCUCCCUCUGAGGUCACCCACCCAGCUUUGUAAGUCACCCAAGCACUUUAUGCAGACAGAGGCUGGAGGACUUGGCCCCUUGGCCAACAGCUCCUGUUCGGGAUCCUGCCCUCUGAGGUGUUGUACAUAUGCAGAUACCUGUAUACAAAUAUAAAUAGCCCAGAGUGUGCCGCUGCCUGUGUUUGGUCCUCAGAAGGAAAACAGAACAGGCUCCCCUGGGCGGGGGGGUGGGGAAGGAGAGUCCUCUUAUUUAAAGGUUAUUUUAGGGACAGUCAGAAGCACCAGCUUACUAUACCGCGAACACCUGUCAUGAACUUUUCACUUUACAUAUAAAACGUUUUAUUUUCCUGACGCUUAUUUUUUCUUUAAAGAAGGAAACUUAGAUGUUUUCAGAAAUUGCUUUAGAAGGAUGGGGGGACAAGGUGGGCACUCCUGGGGAGGACCUGGCAUUGCCAGGCAUGCUGAGUUGCUGGAGGCAGAUGGCCCUGGCAGUGUGCCUGCUGCAGUAUGCUGUGCCUCUGGCUGGCUGGCCUCCCACUGUCCUGCCCUGUGGGCGAGCAGGAUGGCAGUGCCCAGCCAUCACCCUCACUAGGGCAGAUCUGAGGAACACAAAAAAUAACACAUAUGCAAAACCUCCUCCCAUCAAACAUAACACGCAGCUUGUGUGGGAAGGCUCCCGCACCCGAUGGCCCUCGGAGACCGCUGAGGCCUGUCUUCCAGGCCACAUGCUGGACACGAGCUGGAUACUGCCUGGGCCUCCCUGGUUGGCCAGCCUGUCACUCAGUUCUGCCCAAACCUACUUGAAUGUAUCUCUGGGUGUCCACAGGCAGAUGUGGGUCCGCACUUCCAAGCAAGAGUUGCGUCACAGGGCAGACACAAGUGUGUUUCUCUUUGCAAUACUUGAAAUAUUGCCACUGUGCUUGGAUGAGUAAGAAAAUGCCCCCAUGACUAGUUUCCUUUAUCAUCAUCCCACAGCUCACCUCGCUGCAUGUAAGUGUUGUAUUUAUUGCUUUGUGGCCAGCAAGCCCAGAAACACUGGAGUGGCUGGUGGGGGAGGGGCCUCACUGCCUCCUGGUCCUGUGGCUUCCUGGUGGUAUGGGUGUGGGUGUGGGCGUGUAUGUGUAUGUGUGUGGGUGUGUAUAUGUGUGUCUGUGUGUAUGUCUGUCUAUGCUGGGAGAGAAUCCUGUUCUCCACAGAGUAGUGACCAGGCUCCCCCUGUCCACCCCAUCUAUAUUAAAGUGAAUUUUAUGUGAGUUCCCCCUUUUACGUCCUUCUGUGUAAUAUCAAUUUAAGAAAAUAAACCUCUGGAAUUGUU